UAAUGAGCUCUGAACGCUGAGCUCGUUACGUGGUAUUCCCGACACAUUUAAGCAUUUGCGCUACAGUUGCUCCUAAAUUUACAGGGUCACGCCAGAGCGAGGAGUAAAUAUAAAUUUUUUGCUUUAUUGUUUCUUUGAGAGGGUGUUUACACAUGCGAUCUCGGGGCAUAAGCUUGACAGCCACAGCUUGAAAGGGUUUUCGGCCAGUUUACAGCGGACAGAAAAACGCGAACAAAAACAUGCCAUGUCUGUGCGCGUCUUCGGUGAGGUUCCUCCUAAACUCGGCGCAUAAAGGAAUCUCUUGCUCUCGGGUUCAACUGUUUGCCCUGAGUAGACCAGGAGUUCAUGACGUUGGCCUGCCUCGCAAAGUACCUUUGAGAACUUUCUCAGAGUCUGCGGUUUAUUUUGCAUUCAAGGAGGGAUCGAGCAAAGACAGCUCUGCUGAUGGUGGAAAGAAAUCAGUUGGUGACGGAGGCAGUAAAAGGUCCGGUGGAUCCGGAGGCUCCGGGAAAGGAGGUGGCCAGCUCCGGUGCCCUAAAUGCGGAGAUCCAUGCACUCACGUGGAAACCUUUGUGUCAUCGACGCGCUUCGUUAAAUGUGAGAACUGCCAUCACUUUUUCGUGGUGCUCUCAGAAACGGACACCAAGAAGAGUCUGAACAGGGAGCCGGAAUCAGCCACCGAGGCGGGAAAGUUGGCCUUUCAGCAGAAGCCCCCUCCUCCACCGAAAAAGAUUUUCGCAUAUCUGGAUAAGUAUGUAGUGGGUCAGUCUUAUGCUAAGAAGGUCCUGGCAGUGGCCGUGUACAACCACUACAAACGCAUUUAUAACAACAUCCCAGCAGGCGCCAGACAGCCCCUGGAAGCCGAGAAGCAAGCCUCCCUGCAGCCACGAGAGCUUGAGAUAAGAAGACGGGAUGAUGAGUACAAAUUCACGAAGCUGCUCCAGAUCGCGGGGAUCAGUCCCCAUGGCAACGCCUUGGGUGCCUCUCUGCAGCAGCAGGCAUCCCAGCAGGCUCCGCAGGAGAGGAGGGGCAGUGACAUCAUGGACUCCGCCCACACUGACAUCAAGCUGGAGAAGAGCAAUAUUGUCCUGCUGGGUCCCACUGGAUCAGGAAAAACACUGCUGGCUCAGACCCUGGCGAAGUGUCUGGACGUGCCCUUUGCCAUCUGUGACUGUACCACACUGACACAGGCUGGCUACGUGGGAGAAGACAUCGAAUCGGUUAUCGCAAAGCUGCUGCAGGAUGCAAAUUAUGCCGUCGAAAAAGCACAGCAAGGGAUCGUCUUCCUGGACGAGGUUGAUAAGAUUGGCAGCGUUCCCGGGAUCCACCAGCUGCGAGAUGUGGGUGGUGAAGGGGUCCAGCAGGGUUUGCUCAAGCUCCUGGAGGGAACCGUCAUCAACGUGCCUGAGAAGAACUCGAGGAAGCUGCGAGGGGAGACCGUUCAGGUGGACACAACCAAUAUCCUGUUCGUGGCAUCUGGCGCCUUUAACGGACUCGACCGGAUCAUCAGCAGGAGGAAUAAUGAGAAGUACCUGGGAUUCGGAGCUCCAUCCAACAUGGGCAGGGGACGUGUCGCGGAGUCGGAGGCAGCUGACGCGGCUGGCAGCAGGGCGGACGCGGUUCGCGAGAUGGAGGAGCGAGACCGGCUGCUGCGACAGGUGGAGGCCCGUGACCUCAUCGAGUUCGGCAUGAUCCCCGAGUUUGUGGGCCGGCUGCCCGUGGUGGUGCCUCUGCACAGCCUGGACGAAGACACGCUGGUGCGCAUUCUGACGGAGCCGCGCAAUGCCGUGGUGCCCCAGUACCAGACGCUAUUCAGCAUGGACAAGUGCGACCUCAACAUAACUGCAGACGCCUUGCGUGGCAUCGCGCAGUUGGCUUUGGAGAAGAAGACGGGUGCCCGCGGGCUCCGGUCCAUCAUGGAGAAGCUGCUACUGGAUCCCAUGUUCGACGUGCCGCAUUCCAACAUCGUAGCUAUAAAGAUCAACGAAGACGUGGUUCUAGGAAAGUCACUCCCUCAGUACAUCAGAGCCCCAUCUAAGGAUGCUGCCGAUGAAGAGUAUGAGUGCGGGGUAGAGGAGGACGGCUGGCGCAGACAGGCGGACAUAGCCAACAACUGAUACUGCUGCUCAGUGUCUCUCCACAACCAUCCAACACACCACCGUUGAAGUUUUAGGAUGAAUGGUUAAAGGGAAUCGGCCCUCCAGCCUCCUUAAUUUUCAAUAACAUUAGCAAUUUCAGUGUGUCUUGGCAACAAAGGUUCAUAGACCAGGUUUAAUUUCAUACUAAACAGCUAGCAAUAGGUAACUGUUUAUCUGUGUUUAUCUUUGUACAGAUUAUUGGUUAGGGCUAUAAAGAAUCAGAGUAGACUUUUUUACUUUAACCUGGUGGAAAUGUUUUAGGAUCCAAAAGAGAAACAGAUCAAAUUUUAACAUAAGACUGUUAAGUUUUUUUUAAGUUUGUGUUGACAUUUUAUCACGUUGUACCUUGAUUGGCAUCACUUCCUUUUCCUUUUCACUUGGGUGAAAUUCUGUAGAUACAUAUUCAGUGUUUUCCUUACUAACACCCCAGCAUUCAGUGCGAGAAGUAUACCGGUAAUAAGCGGCUGUACUGUCCUUUCCGAGGUUUAAUACUUAGCUGGCAUCAGGACUCUCACAUUCAUUUGCAAUGACUGAUGCACUUUAGGAAACGUAUUACAGAGGUGGUGGUGUGUUGUCAGUUAGGAUGUAACUAUUGUUUUUUCAUUUUAUGUAUGUUGGGUUCUGUUUAUUUAUUGAUUUGACUUACAGUAACAUUGUAGCAUUAAAUGGCACAAACCAUCUUUCCAGGAGUCAUAACACAGGAGUGUUGAUGCUACAAUGGCUUCCAUUAAGAAACAAUCUGCCUCAGGAUGAAAGAUGCUACUUUCAUUUGUAUUGUUCAUGUCGAACCACUGAAGGCCUUCAUAGUGCCACAACCCGUUGGCUGAACUCUGUACAUUGAAAAUCUAGUCGAGAAUAUUUGCUUGUCAUUUUUAAGUUUAGUCCCUUUUUCCAGUUAAACAUACACUUACAGGAAACUUAGCCAGAGUGCUACUCUGAACCAGGUAUGAAUCUUAAACGAUUUGUCAGUGUAAUUGUUUAAAUAUAUAAAUAAAAAAUGUAUAUCUGUAAAAAAAAAAUGUCCGUUUAUGCGAUGUAAAAUAAACAGCAUUUUAUGCAAAAUUAUAUAAAUAAAACAUGUAAAUAUU